AGAAGAAGCUGCUUCCGCUUCGAGCUGCAGUGUGUUUGGUUGUUGUACUGAGACUAAAGUUCUCAAAGAUUUUACCACAACAGCUAACGUGACUGUCAGAUAAGAGGACCGGCUGCUGCACGUUUUACAAAAUGAAGCUCAACAUCGACGGUCUGCUGGUGUAUUUUCCGUAUGACUACAUAUACCCUGAGCAGUACUCCUACAUGCUGGAGCUGAAGAGGACGCUGGAUGCUAAGGGUCAUGGAGUCCUGGAGAUGCCGUCAGGAACAGGGAAGACCAUCUCUCUGCUGUCUCUCAUUGUUGCCUAUCAAAGGGCCUUUCCUUUGGAAGUGACCAAACUGAUCUACUGCUCCAGAACAGUUCCUGAGAUCGAGAAGGUCGUGGAGGAGCUGAGGAAGUUGAUGGAGUUUUAUUCCAAGCAAACCGGAGAGAGCAACAACUUCCUGGCUCUGGCCCUUUCCUCCAGAAAGAACCUCUGCAUCCACCCAGAGGUGAGCUCUCUGCGCUUCGGUAAGGAGGUUGAUGGAAAGUGUCACAGUCUAACAGCAUCGUACGUUCGUGCACAACGCCACAGCGACCCCAACCUGCCCGCAUGUCGCUUCUAUGAGGAGUUUGACGCAGUCGGCCGACAGGUGCCUCUUCCCGCUGGCAUCUACAACCUCGACGACCUGAAAGACUUCGGCAGGAGGAAAGGCUGGUGUCCGUACUAUCUGGCACGCUACUCAAUCCUGCAUGCCAACAUUGUGGUGUACAGCUACCAUUACCUGCUAGACCCCAAGAUAGCCGACCUGGUGUCCAAAGAGCUGGCCAAGAAGUCCGUAGUGGUGUUUGAUGAGGCUCAUAAUAUCGACAACGUGUGUAUCGACUCGAUGAGCGUGAACAUCACCAGACGAACCCUCGACCGCUGCCAGAACAACGUGGACACGCUUCAGAACACCAUACACAAGAUAAAGGAGACGGAUGCUGCUAAACUGAAGGAGGAGUACAGGCGAAUGGUGGAGGGGCUGAAGGAGGCCAGUGUCGCCAGGGAAACGGACAUCUACCUCUCAAAUCCUGUGUUACCAGAUGAAAUUCUUCAAGAGGCGAUCCCCGGCACCAUUCGCACAGCAGAGCACUUUGUCGGUUUCUUGAGGCGUUUCAUGGAGUACCUGAAGUCCCGUCUGCGGGUCCAGCACGUCGUGCAGGAGAGCACCCCCCAGUUCCUCAAAGACAUCUUCGACAAAGUCUGCAUCGACCGCAAGCCUCUCCGGUUUUGUGCAGAGCGGUUACAGUCGUUACUACGUACUUUGGAGAUUGCCGACAUUGCAGAUUUCUCAGCUGUUACACUCAUCUCUAACUUUGCCACCCUGGUCAGCACCUACAGCCAAGGUUUUACCAUCAUCAUCGAGCCCUUUGAAGACAGAACUCCAACCAUCGCCAACCCUGUGCUGCACUUCAGCUGUAUGGACCCGUCUAUAGCCAUCAAACCUGUCUUUCAGAGAUUUCAGUCGGUUGUCAUCACCUCAGGGACUCUCUCUCCGCUGGACAUCUAUCCCAGAAUCCUCGACUUCCGCCCGGUUACCAUGGCGUCAUUCACCAUGACACUGGCACGGACCUGCCUAUGUCCUCUGAUUGUCGGCAGGGGGAACGAUCAGGUGGCCCUGAGCUCAAAGUUUGAGACCAGAGAAGACUUUGCUGUGAUUCGUAACUAUGGCAACCUCCUCCUUGAGAUGUCUGCGAUCGUUCCCGAUGGCAUCGUGGCGUUUUUCACCAGCUACGUCUACAUGGAGAACAUCGUGGCGUCUUGGUAUGAACAGGGCAUCCUGGAGAAUAUCCAGAGAAACAAGCUGAUCUUCAUUGAGACUCCAGAUGCUGCAGAGACCAGCAUGGCCUUGGAGAAAUACCAGGAGGCUUGUGAGAACGGCAGAGGAGCCAUCCUCCUGUCUGUGGCCAGGGGAAAGGUCUCCGAAGGAAUAGACUUCGUGCACCACUUUGGCCGAGCCGUCAUCAUGUUCGGAGUGCCUUAUGUUUACACGCAGAGCCGCAUCCUGAAGGCUCGUCUGGAGUACCUUCGGGAUCACUUUCAGAUCAGAGAGAAUGACUUUCUGACGUUCGAUGCCAUGCGUCACGCGGCUCAGUGUGUGGGCAGAGCCAUCAGAGGCAAGACCGACUACGGACUCAUGAUUUUUGCCGACAAGCGUUACGCCCGAGCAGACAAACGCGGGAAGCUUCCUCGCUGGAUUCAGGAGCACAUCAACGACGGCAGUCUGAACCUCACCGUGGACGAGGCCGUCCAGCUCUCCAAGCACUUCCUGCGGCAGAUGGCUCAGCCUUUCAGACAGGAGGACCAGUUGGGUCUGUCUCUGCUGACUCUCGAGCAGCUGGAGUCGGAGGAGAUGCUGCAGAAAAUCUCUCAGAUCGCUCAUCAGACCUGAAGGUGACGUACACUGCACAAUGCCAUCGCCACGGCAACACCCGUGAUGGCGUCAGCAGCUGUCACAAUGACGUCGUUACUGUGGCGAUUAGAGCUGGGUCAGAUAGCAGGCGCAGUUCAGUCAUUUUAACCCGCUUGGUGUGCUGGAUGUAAGGAGUUUACCUCGUAUAUUCAGACAGUUUGUUGGUUAUCAAACAGUUUAAAGCUUUCAGUAUUUCAGCUCUCACUCACACACUUCUCUGUGAUGCUGUGUGUGAACAUACACAGCAGUUAUUCUGUGUAGCGUCUGUCAUACAGGCAAGACUACUGGUAGUUCCCUUUGUAAGUGUAGGAAGUCACAUUUUAUACUGAAUACUUCUGUAUCUGUUGUUCCACCAGGAAGUUGGAAUAUAAAUGUUUGUAUUUAACUGUUUGUGUGCUUCCUUUUUUAAAAGGCCUUUCCAUCCUGAUAAAAACAAGGGCAAACACCUUUGAAGCCAUAAAACACGCAACACUUCCAAGCAAACAACAAACACUAGAAGGGUGUUAAAGUCUUAUUGUAAUUUAUUUCAGCUCAAGUUUGCAAAUAUAAAAUACAAACAUUCAUAUUUACCAGAAUAAACAGUGUCAGGAGACAUUUAGUCCAGUUUCUACACAGGUUUGUCUGUAACAUUCUCAGUAUUUCAAUAACAGACUGUAGUUUCUACAGUAACUAACAGCCGAUUUCAGCCCUUACAACAAACAGCAGUGACCACAGCAAAUGUACAAUCAGUAGUUCUCCAUCAUGGGAAAACAGGACAAACUGAAUGUUUGAGCAAAGAAAGAGGAAGUGAGUCAAAAGAGGACAUAAAAUAAAAAUAUGGAAUAAAAUCCACGAGGGUCGGGGGGUCAACGUCGUCAUCAGGGAUCCGACAUUUCUGAGCAACACGCUCGUUUGUACCUCACUUUAAACAUUCCUGAGUGUGAAACGCACAAAACUACAGUCACUUACUGUUCUGUGUCGUAUCAACAUAAAAAGAGAUCGUAUGUAUAUUUUAUUCACACGGCGUUGUAUUCAUGUCACCAGUUUGAGUCGAAACUACUUCAAGUAAAUUUCACGAAACAAAACGAAAAAGAGCACAAAGAAAUCUUGUUUACUAUUUGUAAUAGUGAGUUGUUGAUUUCAGGCAUUUCAGUGAAUAAGCAUUGAUG